ACGCGAGCAGUUCAGCAGCGGACAAGAGUGGGGGACGGCGAAGAAUGGGGAUUGACGAGGCCGGACCAGCCCUCACGAUAAGACUGAUAACAUGGAUGCGGGGAAAGUCGAAAUGGGAAUAGUCGAUUAUCAGAAAGGAUAUCGAUAGGCAGGGUGGGUUACACCACAGAUGCAAGGGAGAUACCAGUAUUGGAUAUAUCACCUCGCCGCCUCGUCACAGCCCUCGCAAGGGGGCGUGGUGUUACUCCCAUUGCUAGCAUCAUGUCAUUCAUCGACAAGGCCGAGAAGGGUGCGCCUCUACCAUCAGAGUCCGAGAUGAAGCCCGGCGAGAAUGAGGUCUAUAUUGACCAUGAAGCCGAGAGAUCAGUUGUGCGGAAGGUGGACUUAUUCGUGCUUCCCUUGCUAUGUCUGAUGUACUUCUUCGAUUGCAUGGAUCGGAGCAACCUGGCCAAUGCCAAGACCGACGGACUCGACGAGGAUAUCCAUCUCAAGGGCAAUGACUAUUCGCUGCUCGUGCUCCUCUUCUACAUUCCCUUUGGGCUUUUCGACCUGCCAUGGAAUCUUCUCCUCAAGCGCUACUCCGGUCGCAUUACGCUGUCGUUUAUGACCGUCGUAUGGGGGGUUCUAGCUCUGUGUCAAUGUGCCGUGAAGAGCUUCGGCAGCAUGAUCGCGGUGCGGAUGAUCUUGGGUGUCUUUGAAGCAGGCUUCUUCGCCGGUGCAACCUUCUACCUAACUCUGUUCUACACCCGCGACCAGAUGGGUUUCCGUCUGGCCAUCAUACAGUGCUUUGCCGUCCUUGCUUCGGCAUUCAGCGGCCUCAUCUCGUUCGGGGUGUUUCAGAUCAACGACCCCGCCGUGAAAGGGUGGCAGUGGCUGUUCAUCAUCGAAGGCAGCAUGACUUUCUUGACCGGUAUUGUCUCGUUCUUCUGGCUUCCUGACGGACCUCAAAAAGCCUGGUUUUUGUCAGAGCGAGAACGAGCGGCUGCAACUGCCCGAAUCCUGCGCGACACCUCGGCUGAGGUUGAGACGGGUUUGAAUCUCAAGACUGCGUUCCAGAUGUUCUCUGACUGGAAAUUUCUGGUCUGGUGUGUGAUCUCCUUCACGUAUCCAGUAGCGUAUGCGACAGCCAUGAACUUCUUUCCCUUGAUCGUCGGACGUCUUGGCUAUUCGACAGUCAAAACCAACCUCUGGACUGUCGCUCCAAAUCUAGUAGGCGCCGUCGUGCUUCUCUGCGUCGCAUGGUCAUCCGAUUACUUCCGUGAGCGAGGAUUCCACACGGUCUUCUCAUUGUUCCUGUCGUUGAUUGGAAUGAUCAUUCUGGCGACCAUCGACGUGCUGAACAACAAAGGUGUGGCGUACUUUGCCUGCUUCCUUAUGGCAGCGGGGGCGUACAUCCCUUCGUGUCUGGUCCACGCCUGGCACAACAACAAUAACGUGCACGAAAGCUCCCGCGCGGCCAAUACAGGCUUCUUGGUUGGGUUGGGAAAUCUGGCCGGCGUGCUGAGUGCAGCAACCUUCCGCACGGAAUAUGCACCCAAAUACAUUCCUACUCUCGUAGCGACAUGUUGCUGUAAUGGGGUGGCCAUCGUGGUGAUAACUGCAUUAAGCGUGUAUUUCAGACUUGAGAAUCGGCGACGGGACCGAAGCCAAGGCGUGCGACGGCGAGCAGAGGCCGUGGAGACUCGGCAUUUGGCCGAAGGGGAGCGGAGUCCAGAAUGGCGCUAUUUCCUAUAGGCUGGCGGUAGAUAAAGUAGCCUUGGUAGUCAACUUGAUUAUCG